CAUGCAUGAUCUGGCAACAAAGUGCGUUGUAAAGAAGAGUUGAGAAGCUCUAAAAAUGGACGCGAAUAAUAAGGCACCGAAUACGUACGACGAAAUUGCAGCUCAAGUUCAGGAAAUCCAGUCAAGGAGCAAGGUAGAUAUAUCUGAAAAAGAUCGCAUCGGAUUUGGCGAAUCAGGCAUUUUUGAUUCAGAAAUCUACGGUGAAGUUCAAAGUCGAUUUGAUGGAUAUGUAACUUCAAUUGCCACAACUGAUGAAGUUGAAGAAGAAGAUUAUGAUGGAGCAGUUGCCACUGGAGGCAGGCAAACUUUCACAGCACCAGCUGCGAUUCUAAAUGAAGUGGCAGGAGAAGACUUUGACCCAUUUGCUGAACAUCGGAGACCAACUAUUGCUGACAGAGAAGAUGAAUACAGAGCAAAGCGUCGGAAGUUGAUUAUUUCCCCAGAACGUGUUGAUCCAUUUGCUGAAGGCGGUAAAACCCCAGACGUUGGAUCUCGCACUUACGCUCAUAUUAUUCGUGAACAACAGUUGCGCGCAGAAGAGCAAGAGGUCCGCCGGAAGCUUGCCGACAAAGCUAAGGAUGGUACCUUAAAAGCUGUAUCGGUACCAUCAAACGGUGAAUCAAAUGAAGCGCCACGGAAGCGUGCAGCCCGUUGGGAUCAAACAGGUGAAGGUGAUACAGGCCCUGCUGCAACUCCGGUUGCAGCACCAGCUGUUCCUACGGUAAAGAAGAAAACCUGGGAAGUGGAAACGCCAGCAGUAGCUCGUUGGGAUGAAACUCCUUCUCGCUCCAAAGGCUCUGAAACCCCGGCAGCUGGAGGUGUUACCCCUGGAAGUCGUCUGUGGGAUGCUACGCCAGGACAUGAUGACUCGCGCAAACGGAAUCGCUGGGACGAAACACCGAAAACUGAAAGAGCCGGCGAAUUUACUCCUGGUUUUGGUUCUGGUUGGGCUGAGACACCACGGACAGAUCGUGGAGGAGACACAAUCCAGGAGACCCCAACUCCUUCGGCAUCGAAACGUCGCAGCCGUUGGGAUGAAACACCAGCUAAUUCCAGUGCGACACCGUCUGGUGGAAUGACUCCGCAAACUCCUUCACUAUCAGGAGCUAUGACUCCAAGAAUGACACCGGGUGGAGCUACUCCAAUCGGACAAAAAGCUAUGGCCAUGGCUACCCCAACUCCAGGACACCUUGUUACCAUGACUCCUGAACAACUACAAGCAUACCGAUGGGAAAGAGAAAUCGACGAAAGAAACCGCCCAAUUGGAGAUGAUGAACUAGACGGGAUGUUUCCAGAAGGCUACAAGGUCCUGCCUCCUCCAGCUGGAUACAUUCCUCUACGUACCCCGGCGCGCAAAUUAACUGCAACUCCCACUCCAUUAGCUGGGGCCAAUUCGGGAUUCUACAUGCAACAAGAAGAUAAAACUGCCUCAAAAUACAUGGACACACAACCCAAAGGCGGUAACUUGCCCUUUUUGAAGCCAGAAGAUGCCCAAUAUUUCGACAAGCUAUUGAUUGAUGUCGAUGAAGAUUCAUUGAGCCCAGAAGAGCUUAAGGAACGAAAAAUCAUGACUCUUUUACUUAAAAUCAAGAACGGUACCCCACCUAUGCGUAAAUCUGCAUUAAGACAAAUCACGGAUAAGGCUAGAGAAUUCGGAGCUGGUCCACUUUUCAAUCAAAUCCUUCCUUUAUUGAUGUCUCCGACCCUAGAAGACCAAGAGCGUCAUUUGCUCGUUAAAGUUAUCGAUCGCAUUCUCUACAAAUUGGAUGAUCUAGUGCGUCCCUACGUCCACAAAAUCCUUGUCGUUAUUGAACCGCUGCUAAUUGACGAAGACUAUUAUGCUCGUGUUGAAGGUCGAGAAAUCAUCUCUAAUUUAGCUAAAGCAGCUGGUUUAGCAACUAUGAUUUCUACCAUGAGACCUGAUAUCGAUAACAUUGAUGAAUAUGUUCGUAACACUACUGCAAGAGCUUUUGCUGUGGUAGCUUCUGCACUGGGAAUUCCUUCCCUUCUUCCCUUUCUAAAGGCCGUUUGCAAGAGUAAAAAGUCAUGGCAGGCUCGCCAUACUGGCAUCAAAAUCGUCCAACAAAUUGCUAUUCUUAUGGGAUGUGCUAUUUUACCUCACUUGCGAAAUCUGGUUGAGAUCAUUGAACAUGGAUUGGUAGAUGAGCAACAGAAAGUGCGCACCAUUACUGCCUUGUCCAUUGCUGCGCUGGCUGAAGCCGCGACUCCGUACGGUAUUGAGAGCUUUGACUCUGUUUUAAAACCGUUGUGGAAGGGUAUAAGAACUCAUCGUGGUAAAGGAUUGGCUGCUUUCCUUAAGGCUAUUGGCUAUUUGAUUCCUCUCAUGGAUGCCGAAUACGCUAAUUAUUACACUCGCGAAGUGAUGUUAAUUUUAAUUCGCGAGUUUCAGUCACCUGACGAAGAAAUGAAAAAGAUUGUACUUAAAGUGGUGAAACAGUGUUGCGCAACUGACGGUGUGGAACCUCAGUAUAUUAAAACUGAAAUUUUGCCACAUUUCUUCAAAAGUUUCUGGAAUCAUAGAAUGGCAUUAGAUAGACGUAACUAUCGCCAGCUAGUUGACACAACAGUUGAAAUCGCUAAUCGUGUUGGUGCAGCGGAAAUUAUUGGCCGAGUGGUUGACGAUUUAAAGGACGAAAAUGAACAAUACCGGAAAAUGGUUAUGGAAACGGUCGAAAAGAUCAUGGGUAAUCUUGGUGCCGCUGAUAUCGACGCUCGCUUGGAAGAGCAGCUCAUCGACGGUAUUCUCUACGCAUUUCAGGAACAAACGACUGAAGAUGUUGUGAUGCUAAAUGGAUUCGGUACAAUCGUGAACUCACUUUCCAAACGAGUUAAACCUUAUUUGCCACAAAUUUGUGGUACUAUUUUAUGGCGUUUGAACAACAAAUCAGCAAAAGUUCGGCAACAAGCUGCUGAUUUGAUUAGCCGUAUUGCAGCAGUAAUGAAAACUUGUCAGGAAGAAAAGCUCAUGGGGCAUCUGGGAGUUGUUCUCUAUGAAUAUCUUGGCGAAGAGUACCCUGAAGUUCUUGGGUCUAUUUUAGCUGCUCUUAAAGCUAUUGUUAACGUAAUUGGCAUGCACAAGAUGACACCGCCAAUCAAAGAUUUACUUCCCCGAUUAACACCUAUUUUGAAGAAUCGGCAUGAAAAAGUACAGGAAAAUUGCAUCGAUUUGGUUGGGCGUAUUGCCGAUCGUGGGCCAGAGUACGUUUCAGCUCGAGAGUGGAUGCGCAUUUGUUUUGAGCUUUUAGAACUCUUGAAAGCACACAAGAAAGCCAUUCGACGAGCUACAGUCAACACUUUUGGUUAUAUCGCCAAAGCAAUUGGCCCACACGAUGUAUUGGCUACACUGCUUAAUAAUUUGAAGGUACAGGAGCGCCAAAAUCGUGUUUGUACAACCGUUGCCAUUGCAAUUGUGGCUGAAACUUGUUCGCCCUUCACCGUCCUCCCUGGGCUUAUGAACGAAUAUAGAGUCCCGGAACUUAAUGUUCAAAAUGGUGUUUUGAAGUCAAUGUCGUUCUUGUUCGAGUACAUUGGCGAGAUGGGGAAGGAUUACAUUUAUUCAGUUACAUCGCUCUUAGAAGACGCUUUGAUGGAUCGUGACCUGGUCCAUCGUCAAACUGCUUGUGCAGCCAUCAAGCACAUGGCUUUGGGUGUUUUCGGCUUUGGUUGUGAAGAUGCCCUCACACACCUGUUGAACUACGUUUGGCCCAAUAUUUUUGAAACAUCCCCUCAUUUGGUUCAAGCUUUUAUGGAUGCUGUGGAGGGUAUGAGAGUAGCCCUGGGUCCUAUUAAAGUCUUACAAUACGCACUACAGGGUCUGUUUCAUCCGGCCCGGAAAGUUCGCGACGUGUAUUGGAAGAUUUACAACUCACUAUACAUCGGCGGUCAAGAUUCACUGGUGUGUGGGUACCCUCGAGUGUCCAACGAAGGGAAAAACACUUUUAAUCGUUAUGAACUCGAUUAUGUAUUGUAAUUCACUUUCUGUACUACAUUUUUACACAAGUUUCAUGUACUGAUUUCAUUAAAAAUAAACUCACUUGAGCCGUC